AUGAAAAACAUGGCCGACGCGGCGCUAGGUGUAAGUGGUCCUACUGUUGACAAGAAGACUGUCAGCUACGUUGUGGCAGGCUGCUUCUGUGUGUACGCACUCGUGUACAAAAUUCCCAUCCCGUGCUUCGGCUGUCAAAAGGACGGAUUUUGGUACCGCUGUGUCAUGGACACCGGUCACGGCACGGCAUCAUGUGCCGCUCACAAAGCAGCCAAAAAUCGAGUCGAAACAGCGGGGAGGAUAAUGGAUGAGGCGGGCGUAUACAUGGACAAUCUAUGGGAUUUCACGAAGACCGAACUACCCGGGGUGAUCAGCGACUUCAUUGCUACCCUGAAAGACCAGAUCCUCGGUCUCAAGGACAGGAUGGCAGAAAAGAUCAACCUCAUCCUCACCUUCCUUCGCGAUAAGAUGAACCUAUUUUGGUCCAAGGUUAAGGGCGUCGCCGUGUCCACAUACGAACGGUUCAUGGACGUCGUCAUCAAUCCCGUUAUCAAGUUCUUCGUCGCCAACCUGCUCCAACCAGCCACUGUGGUUUUUGAAAAGAUAAUGGAAUUCCGCGAACUUGUGUGGACGGUUCUGUCCAAUGCAAUCGAUAAAUUCGCCAACAUUCCUAUUGGCAACUUUGUCGGAGACGUGGUGGACGUGUUCCAAAAACUCCCGGAAGCGAUGGAUGACUUGAAGGGCUUCAUGGUGAUGCUGAUCAACAAAAUCAAAAACGAGACGAUUGGCGUCGUGAACACGGGCAUCCGUGAAUCGAUCCAAGGCGUCGAGGCGUCCGUGAACAUUUUGUCGGGAGGUAUAGACGAGGGGGUCAACUCGAUUGUUGGAGGACUGAACCACGUCAAAGACGAGUUAGUCGGUAACCUCAAUAGAUCGAUCAACGGCAUGGCUUUCGGUAUAGAAACAGCUGUGAACAAGACCACUGGGGGAAUCGAGACAGUCAUCAACAAGAGCGUUGGGGGGAUCACAGACGGUAUCAAUGACAACAUGAACAGAGUCGAAAAGGGUGUCGGAAAGGUGAUGGAAACCACGAACGAUGUCAUCAAGGGGGCUGAGAUUGCUGUCAACACCAUAUCAUGUGGGAUCAACAACGCCCUGAACAAAGUUGGAGAUGGGAUAAAUACAGUCACGAAGGGAGUGAACUCGGCGGUUAACAAAGUAAUCAGUCCCGUGAACAGUGUAGUCAAUAUUAUGAAGAGAGCAAAGAACACACACAUUGGGUAUAACAAGGGCUUUGUAAAAAUAAACUUCAGGCCUCUCAAUUGGAUCAGCGCGCCGGGCGAGGUAAAAAAGAUCGACAUCGACGAGGUGGAGCUACCAACAAUCCCAGUCGAAAAAUUCGGCAGGAUCAAGGAAGACCUUAACAUCCCAAAUAUCCCCUUUGACCAAAUCGAUAUUCCCGCGCUUGACAUACCCACGGUUAACAUCAAGGCCCCGGCCGACAUCAAAGAAAUCGAUAUCCCCGACAUCAACAUACCGGGCGUGGCCAUCCCUAUCCCUCGUGAUGUCGAAGAAGAAGAUUUCAAACUUCCUCCUAUCCCUGGCUUCGGCUUUAUCUCCGACAGGGUGGAGAAAGUGAAAGAAUCCAUCAGAGAGAUAUUUGAGACAGCUAUGGCACCCCUGUACGACGGUUUGGCCACGCUCAUCGCUCUGGUCGGCAGUAUCAUUUCGAGCGCCAAGCACUUCUUUUACAACUACCUGACGUGGACGGCUAUCAAGAGCCGAGUGACCCAACUGAUGGGCUUAGCAGGAGAAGGUGUAUCAUUGCUCAAAGACUUGUUCAUGGACGAAAUCGUACCCGCGUUCAUGAAAUUAAUUCGGGCGAUGGCGGAUCCGAUCCUGGCUUUCGUCAAAACGGCCACGGAUCACACGUGGCGGUUCAUGAAGAAGCUCGGAACAAACGUCGGGUCAAUCUUCAACGAAUCAUACAGAGUAAUCGCCAAGGUCACCGGAGUUAUCGCGAAAGGAGUAUUCCAUACAGGAUUGUAUGUUGUAGGAACAACUAUUGAAAGGUACACAGGGUGGCUGCCGCUGCCGAUAUCGGUCAAACUUCUGCUGAUACUUGCUUCUAUCAUCUGGAUGUUCCUGGGUGGCUUUUUAAGUAACGGCAAAGCUUUAGUGGACCUGGCGCUCUCGGUCAUGCAAGGAUCAGCCAUUGCUCUGACGGACUUGGACCACCAACUAGACCUGAGAUUUGGCGUGAUUGAAAAAGCGACACCAGCUCUCUCCUCUUUUUUUAUGCACUAA